CCCCACCCCCCACCCCCACACACACACACCUUUGGAAGAAGAUAAAAACAAGAAAAUAAAGACUUCUGAAAUGGCAUCAAAAGUUCAUGAGGACUUUCAGCCUCAUUUUGAGGUUUUAGAAGAGAAAGAUAAUGUUCCAGCCAGUAUUAAGGUUCAUUUUCCAGGUUUUGUCAGGAAGGAAGAACUAAAGGUUCAACUUAUAGGAAAACCCACGCCGCACGAACUGUGGAUCAGUAGAGAAAGGAAAUCCGGGAGUGAUAAGAAACGGUGGAGGUUUAAAGAAGAGUUCCCCGUUCCAGCGGAUUGCGACACUGAUGCGAUUACAGCAAAAUUGGAAAAUGGCAUUCUACGGGUCACGCUACCAAGAAAGACCCCAAGUGCAAAAAGACAGGAAGAAACCAAGACUUUGCAGGCAAGCACAAAGGUUGCUCCUCCAGAGCCUAAACCUUUACAACCUCAAAGUCCAACCGGCGGCGAUGUUAAAGAGAGGAGGGAGAAGGCAAGCUUUGAGGCUGUUCGAGGAGAUGGAAAGGCUGUUUCAGGAGAGGUGCAGAAACCGGAAGAGCCAAAGAGCCUUACACCACAGACAAUCAAGAGAGAGGGUUAUGACGGUACCUGCCUUGAAAUGAAUCUGAUGAGGCGUGGAAAAGCGUUGAAUUUGGCUCUGGUGGUUUUGGCUGCCAUUGGCAUUCGACUGUACGUUAAGAACAUAUAUGAUUAUUAGAACCGAAGCCGAAGAACGAAUAUCGUGUAAAUAUUCAGGACAUAUAUUAAUGUAUGGCAGUGCACAGCUAGAAUAAUUGUGAAUAACACAACUUACAUGUG